AUGAACUUUUCAAGUGUUUCCUCACUACCAAACGAUCACUCCAUCACUAGUUUGUCCGCCGAUUUGUCCGCACGUAAUCCCUAUUCAACUAUUGACUCAUCGCCGCCACCGGUCAGUGGACGGUCAACAUCAUCGCCACAGCCGAUAGCCAAUGCUUUUCUAAUGAGAUCAGCGGCAGAAAGAUAUCAGCGCACACCUAAAUGUGCCCGGUGCCGAAAUCAUGGGGUCGUUUCAGCUUUAAAAGGACAUAAACGGUAUUGUCGUUGGAAAGAUUGUUCGUGUGCUAAAUGUACAUUAAUUGCUGAAAGACAAAGAGUUAUGGCAGCACAGGUAGCUCUUAGGAGGCAACAGGCACAGGAAGAAAAUGAGGCGCGAGAGCUAAGUGUGUUGUAUGGGUGUCACGAGGGACUGUUAGCUAUGCACAGGGCUGGAUUCACAUUUUCAGCUGCUAUGUCUCAAAUCAUUCAUACCAACAACAAACCGGGAUUGUCUUCAACCGACACACAGGAAAGGCCCACAUCUGAGUGCUCUUCAGCUUCAGGCGAACCAAACGGUAGCUCUAAAUAUGCUAUUAAUAAUGACAAGUCUUCGCCAGUGGUCAUGGAUUUAACAGAUAAUCAGCACUCGACUAAAGAUCAAAUCAAUACAUCCGAAACAGGCUGGUCCAAAGAUAAAAGCGAAACUAUUGAGGAAAAUAUUGCCGUCAAUAGCGAUGAGUCUAAUGAUACGGAAGACUCGGAUGAGUUUGGAGUAGCCAGUGAUGAGACAGACAUUACUACACAUAACGACAAAGUGGAGACACAAUCAUCUGAUGAAGAGCUCAGUCGCGACACUAACAAACACGUGCAAAGAAGUGGCAAAUUAAGAGCUAAUAAAACAUUGAAAAAUCAUUCAAAACCACAACCAAUUGAAAUAUUACUAAAAGUCUUUCCACACAUCAAGACAUCAAUUUUGAUGAAUGCACUCAAAGAAAGCGGAGACGAUGUCCUUAAAACUAUUGAACAGUUAGUCACCAGUGCAAGGGAUGUCCAAACCAAUGGUCAACAAAGAAAUGCCAGUAAAUUAUGCAAUGAUAUGAUCUCCGAUCAUAAAGUCAAUCAUAAUGUCGAUUCACAACACAUUUCUCUGAUAAAUCAUAAGCACAACGAAAGUACGGCAAAAGAUUUGUCACCAAAAAGUAAAGUCUCACAAAUGACUUCCCAAUCGACAAGUGUAUCACUGCAUCCCUAUCAACAACCAUUCCUAUCGAUGCUGACAAAUAUGUCCAGCAAUACGGCUGGUAUACCGCCACCACUUGUAAGUUCGUUGGUCACCAGUGCCGGUGCAGUAUCUCCGCGAACAUCAUCGGCCACAGGUCUGGGUGGUCAGUAUUCACAGGCGUCGACUACCAAUCUGACAUCAGCACUGCCUCGAGGCCUGUUUGGUGCGGUUGGCUCUCCUUAUGCCAGUCUAUUUCCAGUGUUUCCAACGGCAUCCACUAAUCUUAACUUUAGUUUAUUUAGCGGCACAGCGGGCAAUACAACACACAAUAACUGUUCGCCAACAACAGCUCCCUUUCCAUUAGGCAACGAUGGUAUGCCAUUAGAUCACUUGAUGUCAUUAAAGCGCAAUUCAAACCAACUUCACAAUGAAAGCGAUUGGUUUCGUGAAGACACCAAAAGAAUUUCUUCUUCAAAUGCAUUGAAUGUUUCAAUGGAUAAGAAAGCAAAGUCUGAUUAUAUUAACGACUAA